AUGCGCGUCUCCUCCACCAUCCUCGCCGCUGCAGGCCUCUUGACCUCGGCCAACGCUGCCAUCAAGGGUUUCAACUAUGGCGCCAACUUCAACAACAACCAGGCCAAGGUGCAGGCCGACUUUGAAUAUGAAUUCAACGCCGCCAAGCAGCUUCCUGGCACCAAUGGAUGGACCAGCGCCCGUCUGUACACCAUGAUCCAGCACGGCACCCAGACCGACGUCAUUGAAGCCAUCCAGGCUGCUAUCAACACCAAGACCGGUCUCCUCCUUGGCAUGUGGGCCUCCGCCGGUCAGGCCAACUUCAACAACGAGAUUACUGCUCUCAAGGCCGCCAUUGCUCGUUACGGCACUGCCUUCACUGACCUCGUUGAGGGUAUCUCCGUUGGCAGUGAGGAUCUCUACCGUGUCACCCCCACUGGUAUCGAGAACAAGUCCGGCGCCGGUGCUCAGCCCCAGGAGCUCGUCAACUACAUCAAGCAGACCCGUGAUGCUAUCCGCGGUACUGCUCUCCAGGGCAAGCCCAUCGGUCACGUCGACACCUGGACUGUCUACGUCAACGCUACCAACAACCCCGUCAUUGAGGCCGUUGACUUCAUCGGCAUGGACGCCUACCCCUACUUCCAGACCACCAUGAACAACAACGUCGGUUCGGGCAGCCAGCUCUUCUUCGACGCCUACCACCAGACUGUUGCCGCUGCCAAGGGCAAGCCCGUCUGGGUUACCGAGACCGGAUGGCCCGUUAGCGGCGAGACACUCAACCAGGGUAAGCCCAGUGCGGAUAAUGCCCGCAUCUACUGGGAGGACGUUACCUGCCAGCUCGUCAAGGACAACGUCAACCUGUGGUACUACAUCCUCCAGGAUGUCCAGUACGGCAACCCCGUCCCCUCGUUCGGCAUCAAGCCUGCGGGUGACCUGAUGCAGGUGAAGCCUCUGUUCGACCUUUCUUGCCCUGCUGGUUCCGCACCCAGCAACCCGUCCAAGAAGGUCUCUACCGAUGGUACUUGCGGUUCCCAGGGAGGUGCUACCUGCGCUGGCUCGCCAUUCGGUAACUGCUGCUCGCAGUACGGAUGGUGCGGAAACACUGCCGGACACUGCGGUACCGGUUGCCAGAGCGGAUCGGGCACUUGCACUAAGGAGCCUUCGAGCAGCAGCAGUAUUGGAAUGUCAACGGGUAUUGGGUCGACGAUAAAUGCUCCGACAUCCCAGCCCACAAUUGUCACCAUUCCAGUAAUUAGCUUUGAUCGCCCGACCCCAACAGCUCAGAGUUCAGCUUCGCUUUCCGCUCCGUCUACCCGAAUUGGUCUUGAGAAUAUCGAAGGCCUACCGCAACCGACCUUUACCCCUCUUCAAGAACCAUUCGAAUACCCCCAUCAGCUCAUCCCCAUUGAUAAGGCCGACCCUACCAAGGUGAUCGGCAACGGAUACACUGCCCAGCUAUCACCUACCAUAUCAACCGUCUUCGUUUACGACAUCCGUCCUGAGUUCGCCGGCAAGACUUGCACUUUGGCUCUACACAUGCCCCCGCCCUUUCCCCUACCCGAAACAGCACCCGUUCAAAUUCGCACUCCGGGCGGUAUCAGUGUAUCCCGCCUCGCCAACCAAGUCCCCGAUACUGUGUCUAUGCAGAGUGUCGGUAACUCUAGUCUCGUCGGUGUUGCACAACUCAUCGAGCCUGCACGUCAAUACAACGUCGCUAGUUUUCCCUGUGAAGCUGGUCAACGGGUUAGUUACCAGGUGGAUUCGAUCAAUGGGCUCGACAUGAAUUGGUUCCAGAUGACGUAUCCUGCUCUCGGGCUGUUUAUGCUGAUUAGCUGA